AUGACCACUCUCACGACCUCGCUCGCGCUCGCGUUUCACCGACAGACCGGCAGGGCCAUCCUCCGCGGCGCACGCCCCGUCCCCCCAGCUCCCCGGGCCCUGGCCUCGCGCCCCCCCACCCGGUUCCUCUCCCGAUCCCGUCGACGCUGCUUCCCCGACGAUCCCAACCAGCGCGUCCGAGUCGCCCGCCCUCUGGUCUCCCACGCCGCCGCCGGCAGAUUCACCUCGGCGGGCCGCUCGCGCAGCUCGCGAACCCUGGUCGUCAUCACCGUCGUCGCCGCCGUGGCCUUUUACCUGUCCAACUCGCAGACGGUGCCCGUCACGGGCCGCCGCAGGUUCAACUUCCUGUCGGACAGGCUCGUCGAGUGGCAGUUCUCCAGGACCGCCGAAUACGUGAUCCGCGCGGUCGAAGAGGCGGGCGGGCAUUUCCUGCCCGACUGGGACCCCAGGACGGCGGUUGUCAAGAGGGUCAUGAAGAAGCUGAUUCGCGUGAGCGGCUUGCCAGAGCUGGACUGGGAGAUUCGCGUCAUUGCAGACGAUACAAACGCAAACGCCUUUGUCCUCCCCGGCGGCAAAGUCUUUGUCUACAGCGGCCUCCUCCGCGUGUGCCGCAACGAAGACGCCCUGGCCGCCGUGCUGGGGCACGAGGUCGCGCACAACACGGCGUCGCACGUGGCGGAGCGCCUUUCGGCCGCGUGGGUGGUGGACCUCACGGCGGGGAGCCUCUUCUUCCUCGCGGGCGCGCUGCCCGGCCUGGCCUUUUUCUUGCUCUGGACCUGCGUCGGCGGCUUCUACAUCCAGGACCUGCUGUACUACCUGCCCAUGGGGCGCAAGCAGGAAAGCGAGGCCGACUACAUCGGGCUGAUGAUGAUGGCCGAGGCGUGCUACGACCCGCGGCAGGCCGUCGGGUUCUGGCAGCGCAUGGAAGACAUCCAGCAGCGGGGAGGGCCACAAGUGCCCGAGAUGCUGAGCUCGCAUCCGUCGAAUGAGAGCCGCAUCGCCAAGAUCCAGGAGUGGGUGCCGCUCGCCAUGGAGAAGAGGGCCAGCAGCGACUGCAGGGGCACGGCCGUCUUUGCGGACCGAUUCCGCUCCGCGCUGCGGCGCAGGGUUCCCAUGCACGAGGUCGAGGUGUGA